AUGCAUUUCAAAUAUCCCCGCAACCUUGACCAAAUCGAGAAAUUAGACGACAUCACAAUGCGCCUCGUCAAGCGAAAUAUCAACAGCGAUGGGAGUGGGAGUGUCACAUUGUGCCCUGAAGAGCCUGAAGACAUGUGGCAUGCUUAUAACCUCAUUCGACCUACAGACCUCCUCACUGCCUCUGCCAUACGGCGAGUGACCACCGAAUCCUCGUCCACGGGUUCUACGUCAUCUCAACGAGUUCACACCAACCUCACGAUACGGGUCAAGUCCUUGGAUUUUGACCCCCAGGCUGGGCAACUGCAUGUGUCCGGCCAGAUCGCCAGGGAGAAUAGAUAUACAAAGCUAGGCCAAUUUCACACACUUGACCUUGAGCUGCAGCGCAACUUCACCCUCGAAAAGGAAGUCGAAGGCAGUGAUGGUUCAGAGGGUUGGGACAGCGUCGCCCGUGCGCAGCUGGAAGAGGCUAUAGACCCUUCGAGGGGCACUGAAGCGGUCGCGGUCGUCAUGCAGGAAGGGCUGGCCAACAUCUGCUUCCUGACACAAUUCCAGACUGUCUUGAGGCAGAGGGUCGAAGUCUCGGUCCCGCGGAAGCGGACAGGCGCUGGGAGAUCCGCCGACCAUGACAAAGGCUUGAUGAAAUUCUACAGUACCGUGCUGGACACGCUACUCAGACAGCUUCAGGGCUUGAUGGAGCACAAAGACAGCAGCGCGAGUUUCCCGAUAUUGCUCGCGAGUCCUGGCUUCACGGCCGCCGGCUUCCUGAAACACAUCAACGAGACCGCCGUUGCAAAAGGGGACAAAAUGCUACAAGACUUGGUGAGGCGGAACGCUUUUAUUGUGGUCCACAGCAGCUCCGGUCACCUCCACAGUCUCAAUGAGGUCCUCAAAAGCCCAGAGGUGCUCGUGAGGUUGAAGAAUACAAAAUAUGCCCGGGAGACGGCACUCAUGGACGAGUUCUAUACACUCCUACGCAAGGACGAUGGCCGGGCAUGGUACGGGCCGAAAGAGGGAGAGACAUGCGUAGAGAAGGGCGCUGUUGGCCGAGGGGGAGGAGUUCUUUUGAUCAGCAACGCCUUGUUUCGCAGCCAGGACGUAGCCACGAGGCGAAGAUGGGUCAAACUUGUCGAUCGGGUGAGGGAGGUAGAGGGCGGUGAAGUCAGAGUCCUGAGCAGUGACCAUGAGAGUGGGAGACGACUGGAGGGCCUAGGAGGCAUUGCCGCCAUCCUGACAUUUCCCAUCGAAGACAUAGAUUCAGAGGACGAGGACGCGGACGAGGGCUCUGAGCAGGCUGAGCAUGGCCGGGAAGAAUGA